CCGCGGUCGCCGGCGCGGGUCUUUGCCCCCGCCCGGCGGUGGUACGUCCCACGCACUGCGCUUGGCCCAAGAUGGCGGCGCCCGUGUUCAGCCGGGGGCUCGGGCCCCGGGUGCUGUCCUGGGGCCGAGAGCUGCCGUGUCCCUGGCGCACCCUGCACACCUCCGCGAUCUGCGCCAAGAACCGAGCGGCCCGAGUUCGAGUGGGCAAGGGAGAUAAGCCAGUGAGCUACGAGGAGGCGCACGCGCCUCACCAUAUCGCCCACCGCAAGGGCUGGCUGUCGCUGCACACGGGUAACCUGGAUGGGGAGGACCAUGCUGCAGAGAGAACGGUGGAGGAUGUUUUUCUUCGCAAGUUCAUGCUGGGCACCUUCCCAGGCUGCCUGGCUGACCAGCUUAUCAUAAAGCGCCGGGCGAACCAGGUGGACAUCUGUGCUUUGGUCCUGAGGCAGCUGCCUGUGCACAAGUCCUACUUCCUUGUGGGUUACAGUGAGACUCUGCUAUCUCACUUUUACAAGUGUCCUGUGCGUCUGCACCUCCAAACUGUGCCCUCAAAGGUUGUGUAUAAGUAUAUUUAGGAUGGUCUUCUUUUUCUACAUUAAGCUCUAGCCAGGAAAGGACGGAAACUUUUUGGAAGGGGUGAAGUAGAAAUGGGGAAACAUGUCCCUUCAGAGUCCAGAGGUUUCACUUUCAGACCUGUGUUGAAUAAGUGGGCUCCCCGUGUGGUCUGGCCUCACAGUCUGUCUUUUUAGGUGAAGGAUCUAGAAUAGGGUUUCUCUGAGGGGAUCCCAGGGAUCCCAGGGAGGCUGCCAGCUAAGAUUCAUCCUCUUAGCAAACGUCGAGUGUGUCAUAAAGCAUUGUCAACUGUCGUCAUGUCAUUGCCCAUACAUCUCCAGGACUGCUCACCCUGCAUCACGGAAGCGUUGCGCCUGCACCGACAUCCCCUCUCCCAGCUCCUGGAACCAUCAUUCACGCUGCUUCUAUGUCAACUAUUUUUGAUUCCACAUAAAAGUGAGGUCAUGCAUUA